AUGACUUAAAAAAAUUGCGAUAGCUUUUUUGUAGCUUCACAAGAAUAAUUGAAUUAACCAUUACUUGGCAAAAGUGAUGAUGAAACUUCUGGAAAUGGCAAAAAAAUAAAAGCUUAAGUAAGUAAAUAAAUAUUUGCUGACAAAUUGUUUGAAUAGAAUGAAAAACCAGCUAAUAAAAUUUUUUGGAUAGAAACAAUGUUCGGAUCUUUAGUUUGGGGUGUCUCAAGUUUUAUUUAUGGACUUUUAGAUAAAUAAGAUUUCGCUGUAACUUGUUUAUCUUGGACAGGGUUUAUCUUUAUAAGUCUGUCAUACAAAAUUUUCGAGAUUUAUUCUACACCUAAGUCUUCAAGAUAAGAUAUUUUUGAAAGUUUCAUUGGCUAAAUGAGAAAUAAAGAAAAUAGAUGGCACGUAGCAUUCAGAUCUAUUAACUUCUUCUUAAUGAUUUGGCUUGUUAUCUAGAUAGGUGACUAUUCACAGAGAGCAAAUAUGAACUAUGGAAUUAUAUUGAGCCUUAACUGUCUAUCUUCAGUGUUUCUAGCAAUAAUUGCUUGGAUUUUUUUCGGAGAGAGAUUUGGUAUGAUAACAAUAUUAGGUAUGCUAAUUGUGUUUUCAGGAACAGUUCUGAUUCUUGUAUCAAGAUCUGAUCCAAAGUCUGAAGAAAACUAAAGAGUCAAUAUAUACUCUGAAGAAGAUAGAACCUACUACAGAUAUUUGGCAAUUAUAAUGGGAGUUUUAUAUGCUUGCAUUGGUACAAUUAGAGUUAUUCAGGCAAAGUUCUUAAAUAAAAAGAAUGGAUAUUCCCCUAUCUAGUUCUCAAUCGAUGCUGCUUUUGUUUGUGGUAUGAUUCUAUUUUGUAUUUCAGCAUACUACUUUGCAGUUGGACAUCCUACUUACACUUUAUACAACUUUGGAGUUAGUUUUUUGGCUUCUAGUCUCACCCAGGUGUGGAGUACAGUACUUCUCAGAGCUAUUGUAAAAGGUGUUGCUGCCCCAACAUCUGCUAUUUCAAAUACGAAUCCAAUUUACACAACUAUAUUAACUGCUAUCUUCCUAGGAUUGACUCCUAACAUUUUGUAGUUUGCUGGAAUGCUAUUAUCAACAAUCGGAGUGGUCAUUAUGAUUCUUCUGAAAUGA